AUUUUGUUAAUUGUUAGAGAAGAGGAAAAAAGGAUUUGAACUAUAUGAAUUAAGAAUUAUUGAAGUGUGUGAGCGCCUAUUUAUAACGCACACAUCUCAAGUCUCAACACUUUCCGUUGGCCCUUUGCUUUCUCUUCUCUCUCAGAUCUGCUUCGCUGUUGAAGAGUAUGGGUCGUGGAGUUAGCAGUGGCGGCGGGCAAAGUUCAUUAGGCUAUCUUUUUGGUAGUGGAGAGGGAGAGGCCCUGAAACCAGCACCAAAAAAUACCCAACCUGAAGCACAGACCGUAAAUGAUGUGCCUCCUCCUAAGCCAGCACCUCCUAAAAUAACAAUAGACCCAAACAAGCCUGCUGGUAUCAAUAGUAAUUCUAUAGAUGGCCAGAAUACGGGCAACUUCAUCACGGACCGACCUUCGACCAAGGUCCAUGCUGCCCCUGGCGGGGGCUCCUCUCUGGGUUACCUCUUUGGUGGACCAGGUGAUGCAAAAUGAUAUAUUGCUUGCGAAGCUUUUGGCACGCUGAAUGAUUUUUUCCUUUUUGGGUGAAAACAUGAUGGAAUGAAUGAAAUAUAUAAUGUAAUAUAAGGUUGUGGUUGUGGGGAUAAGUCAAUCAAGAAUGCUAUAAUACAUGUGCUAAACAUCUAUUACAAACCUGUGCUUGUCAGAAACAAAUAUUUCUGUUUUUAAAUGUCGAUUUCUCUUGUAGUUUUGUA